AUGGAGGAGAAACUAGUAAUUGCAAGCGUUAGCGAGGAAGUGAUUCUCAGCAUUGAGGAUCUCCAGAGAGAAGGUUCUAAGAAGCUCCCUACUUUCAAACGAGAGUUCUUCAACUCCGGCUCCACCGGCCAAAUAACCGUCCACGAGAACUCAACCUCCUACCAAAAAUACCGUCUUCGUUGCCGCGUCCUCCGAGACGUUUCAAAAGCCACUCUCAGCACCGUAGUCCUCGGAAAGACGAUCUCCUUCCCACUCUGCGUCUCCCCAGCCGGUCUUCAUGCAAUGGCACACCCGGAUGGCGAGCUAGCAACUAGCCGCGCUUGCGCAAAACGCGGUAUACUAAUGGGCAUAUCCUCCUUCUCUAAUUACUCCGUGGAAGAUGUGAUCCAAGCCGGGAGAGAAGUUCGAGAUGUCGGGCAUGUGAUGCAGCUCUACACAAUGAAAGACCGCGCGCUCCAAGAACGGAUCAUCAAACGUGCGGAGAAAGCGGGCUGUAAAGCCAUUUUCCUUACAGCUGAUAGUCCGGUGCUGGGAGUAAGGUAUAAUGAGUGGCGCAAUGACUUCCGGACUCCUGAUGGGCUGAGCUACCCAAUGAUUGAGAGGACGUCUGAGAUGCUUAUAGCUCAGACGCAUGAUAGUGGGUUUAUGGCUUUCAACUCUGAUACCCAUUCCUGGGCUGAGGAAAUUCCUUGGCUUAGAAGGAGGACGAAGAUGGAGAUCUGGAUCAAGGGCGUACUUACCGCUGAAGAUGUUCUGCUUGCAAGGGAAUAUGGAUGUGAUGGAGUAAUAGUUAGCAAUCAUGGUGGGAGACAGUUGGAUGGCACCCCCUCUACGAUCGAUGCGCUGCCUGAAUGCGUCGAAGCGGCGGAUGGGAAGAUCAGGGUGCAUAUUGAUGGUGGCAUUAGAACUGGAGCGGAUAUAUUCAAGGCAAUAGCUCUUGGUGCUGAGUGCUGCUGGAUAGGACGGCCUAUGAUCUGGGGCCUGGCUUACGAUGGCCAAAAAGGAGCGGAAAAGGCCCUGGAUAUACUUUAUGAUGAAUUCAGACGCUGUAUGAUGCUGACUGGCUGUACGUCGAUUGCAGAAAUCUCAAAAGCCUCACUUGGCAUUGUUCGAGCAGAUGGCCCUCUCGCACGGCUAUGA